AUGGGACAUGAAAAUGUCACAGAAUUUAUCCUCCUGGGGCUUUUUACUGAUGAGAAUGCAAAACGUGCCUGCUUCGUGCUGUUUUUACUUUGCUACAUUGCGAUUCUCUCAGGGAAUCUGCUCAUCCUUCUCACCAUCAGGGGCAGCCGCCUCAGCGAACAGCCCAUGUACUUUUUCCUCAGCUAUUUGUCGUUGAUGGAUGUCUGCUUCACCUCCACGGUGGCACCCAAAUUGAUCACUGACUUGCUGGCCCAGCAGAAGACCAUCUCCUACAACAGCUGCAUGGCCCAGAUGUUUUAUGCCCACUUCUUUGGAGCCACUGAGAUCUUCAUAUUGGUGGCCAUGGCCUAUGACCGCUAUGCCGCCAUCUGCAGACCUCUUCACUACAUGGUCAUCAUGAGCCGACAGGUGUGCUCUGUCCUAGUAAUGGCUUCUGCUAUGGGAGCCUUUAGCCAUUCAGUCACACAAGUAUUAAUCAUUAUUGGACUUCCUUUCUGUGGCCCCAAUCAAAUAGACCACUAUUUCUGUGAUGUAUUCCCUUUGCUGAAGCUGGCCUGCACGGACACUAGACUAUGGGUGAUUGCAAUCAUUACUACCACAGGAGUGUUGUCCAUUUUGACCUUUGUUGCCUUGGUGAUUUCUUACAUCAUCAUCCUGGCCACCCUGAGGACUUGCUCAUCCGAGGGCCGCCGCAAAGCCUUCUCCACCUGUGGUUCACACAUCACUGUGGUCUUCAUGUUCUUCUUGCCCCUCAUCUUCACCUAUGUCCCCAUGGCUGAUUCUGUCAGGAACGACAAGGUCUUUGCCCUGUUUUACACCAUGAUUGCCCCCAUGUUCAACCCUCUCAUCUACACCCUGAGAAACACAGACAUGAAGAAUGCCAUGAGGAAAGUGUGGGGCCGAGAUAAACACUCUGUGGGAAAAUGA